CCUGGGCUCUCCGUCUGCCUCACUGAACAUGGCGGCUGCGAGCAGAGCGAAGAACAACUUCACAGCGAUGAGCUGCCGAAGAAAGAUGUGAUCGCCUUCCUGCAGCAACACGGUUCGGAAUCGUUCCUGGCAGAACACAAGUUGCUCGGAAAUAUCAAAAAUGUGUCAAAAACCGCCAAGAAGGAUAAUCUGAUCGCCGCCUAUAACAAACUAUUCGAAACAAAGCGUUUCAAGGGAACUGACCGUACUGAAACUGUGGUAAAGCAAGUGAAAGAUCUUAAAAUCGAUGAUGAGAAUCCUGCCGAAACCAAGAUAGAGGAGGUGGUCGAUGAUGGUCCCCCAAAAUACACCAAGUCCAUCCUGAAGAAGGGAGAUAGAGUCACCUUUCCAAAGAAAGGUGACAAGGUGCAUUGUUGGUACACUGGGUCCUUGGAGGACGGAACAGUGUUUGACUCCAACAUAUCAACAAGUGCAAAGAAGAAGAAAGUUGGCAAGCCCUUGGCCUUUAAAGUCGGUGUUGGCAGAGUCAUCAGAGGUUGGGAUGAAGCUCUUCUCACCAUGACCAAGGGAGAAAAAGCCAAACUUGAAAUCGAGUCUGAAUGGGCCUAUGGCAGGAAGGGUCAGCCUGAUGCCAAAAUCCCACCCAAUGCCAAGCUGAUUUUUGAAGUGGAGCUGGUUGAUAUCGACUGAAAAUUUACAUCGGAGAUCUUUAACUACACCAGAAUGUGACUAAUAAAUGCUUUGUUUACAUAUCUGCUGCCAAAUACCAUGUAAAUAAAAUGGACACAUUG